AUGGAUUGUUUCUCUUCUCUUCCGCCCGAGAUCAAUGUGAUGAUCCUGCUUCACCUCAGGACCAGAUCAAACAUCAAACCGCUUCUCUCUGCAUCACCUAAAAUCCUUCAGCAUUAUCGCGAAUCGAAAGAGGACAUUAAAAGGGCUCACCUUCAAGCUGAGCCUCCUGGAGGCCUACUCCAAGAUGCUCUGGUCGUUGCAAAAUUCCCUUUGAAGAACCCAUAUAUCGAGGACUAUAUCACAAAGGCCACAUCAACCUAUCCGUCUCGCGCUUAUCUGUGUAUGCCAAGCCCUUAUUCCAAUGCCGACCAGCUGCAGUUUAGAGGCCAGCCCAUUGGCAUCGAUAUCCUCAGGGUAGAUGCGCUCAGAGACGUUGAAAGAAAGCGCCUAUUCCGAGCUUUUCUGAGAUAUGAGCUUGUAUCCAAGACACAUUAUCUCGAAGACUCGCUGGAGCUCAAGGUCAUUGACAAGUUAGUUGCCUCAGCUUUCAAGAGAUCGCCCGAAACAGUCACCGAGACAGGCAAGUUUAUUCCGGAUAACGGAUUACGGUCUCCUGAUAGUAUGUGGUUUUCAUCCAACGCAUACAUUAAAGAUGCAUUUAUCGACGGACUGAACACGGACGAACUUGCUUUCCUUGGAUUUGAUCUGAUGACUCGGCUGCUUAAUGCUCCCAGAGACGACAGGGGAUGUCCGAUGGGGUUGAUGGAGUGGCUUGCUAAGAUACCCAUGCGCCUAAGGCAAAAGGGUUGGACUCUUGGCCUGCGAAUGGAUUAUCUUUUCGGAGACGAAAUAUUUAACGGUGAGCCAAGUCACAGGCGCGGGGAGGAGUGGUCAGAGAUCGGUCAAACUUUAACCUCCCCAAUUUCAGUAGUCAUUGCGAUCUAUAGCGGAAAAUCUACCGACAAAGAGGGCAUGGACAUUGCUGGAUAG